CGCUGGUGUGUUUCCGGUUGGACGACAACGUGUGGAGAAACAGGUAGCUAACUUCACAUUAUUGCUGUAACUAGCUAAAAUAAUAGACAAACUAUUCAACAAUGAGUAGUUAACGGAGUGUUACGAUGGGCUUUGUCAUUGACAGGAAUAAAGUGUUUUCGCUGAGCCGUAGCUGUUCAAAAUCCUUGAUUGAACGCUAGUUAGCUAGCCAGCAAUAAGCUAGCUAGCAUCAUGCAUGGCUAUCUUAGCCAAAUGUUCAAUGAUAUUGCUUCGCCUCUUCCUCGGUCUUAGCUACAUCAAAGCUGGUGGUAUAGAUGGGUUGGUUGUUUAGCAACAAAACCGACGCAUGCAAAACAGACAUUACAUGUCAUAGUAAAAAAAAUUAUGCACUCACUAACUGUAAGUCGCUCUGGAUAAGAGUGUCUGCUAAAUGACUGAAAUGUAAUUAAAUGUUUAGAUUGUUAACAUGUAAAGUAUGUUACGUCUCCAAUGUUUAUUGAAAACAUAAAGUUGCAAAAUCUGAGCAUUUGUCUCUCAAAUACAUUGUUAUAGUUGUUGGUUAGCUAACAAAUUUGAGCCAUAUUAGCAUAGACGUGACAUCCGUCAAAACACCUAAAAACAAGACAUGGUAUCAAGAACAAGACCAAACUAGCUGAAACGAGCCACUUAGCUACAAAUCAAAUCACCACAUGGCAGUUUCUUGUCAACCAUGACACAGCCUUAUGCCCCUUUGCAGCGCCUCUGUCUGCAUUCCCUGGCUGAAAUGUUGCAGUUCAGUUGUCAUGGGGGGUCGUUCUAGCAAACCAUGACACCCACCAUCUCAGAUUGUUCUGAAAUCGUUUCUGUAGUUAGAAAAUGAUAAGAUUAGCAUUCCUGGAACAUUUUGUUGAAAUAUAAUUUGAUCUGAUCUCUGAGAAAUUAGUUAAUUCAUUGCACCCAAAUUGGCAAUUUUUAAUGUAUACGAUUCAUGUAAUAUUCACUAAAAAUAAUACUGUAACGACCCUGGGUUUAUAAGUGCGGAUAUGCUUUUGGGGCACAGUCGAUGGCGCGCUCCCUGCCUGUUUCAUUACAUUGGUGUCAGAAGUGAUCGACACCAAUGUAAUGAAACAGGCAGGGAGCAGGUCUUCAUCCCUCAAUCUUAUAGCCUGAAGUCCAGCGCGCCAUCGACUGUGCCCCAAAAGCAUGCUCGUGUGGCAGCGUCGAUAUCCGCACUUAUAAACCCAGGGUCGUUACAGUACCUUACAUCCAAUUUGGACCUCAUUGAGUUAGACAAUUAAUUUGUAGAUACUUUAGGAUGAUUUGAACAUUAAGCGCGAAAAUGCUAAUAUAGGUACCAUUGAUGCAUUAGAUUUGUCCCACACAUGCUUAAAAGUUAGCAUUUAAAACAGUGGCUAACAAAACUAAAGCAUGGGUUGCUGUAAUACAUUGUCAAUAGACUACUUACAGGGUAAGGAAACCAAUAUAAUUUUGUAAUUUGGGUGAACUAUCCCUUUAACAUUGAGGGGGAGGGGGGGUCAAACUUUUUCACAAUAGCAGGAACAGCACCAUCUAGUGGUCAGAAUCUGGUAAUAUCAGGUUGUCGGAUGGGACAUAAACCUAACAACUUCGAUGACUAAUUUAUCUGAACAGAGGAAAGAAAACCCACCAAAAUCACUGGUAAUACAUUACGAUGAAGAAACAAUACUCCGAGCCGCAGCUCCAUACUACUUGUCAGACACAGAGAACCGAUACUAUAUACUCGUUUUUGGGGCGGGGUGUCUGGGGUCCGUGGGUGGCUUUUGACCAUUCCUUUGGAUUCCUCAUGUCUAACUCAUUGUUAGAUUUUUAUUUUUUUGUCAAAAUCGGAUGUUGGGUACUAUAUUUAUUGAGUAUUAUAUGAAUCCUAUAAAUUAAAAUGGCCAAUUUGGAUGCAAUCAAAUUAUAUUUAAACAAAAUAAUGUUGCAGGAAUGCUAAUCUUAUCUGUUUCUAACAACCAAAAUGAUUUCAGAACAAUCUGAGAUGGUGGAUGUCGAAAUCCUCUUUCUUGUGCUUUUUGAGGUGAAACGACCCAUGGUAUCGUUAGUAGCUAGCUAGCUAGCUUGUCUAGUGUCUACAGUACACUCACUACUGUAAGUCCCUCUGGAUAAGAGUUUCUGCUAGCUAAAUGAAUAAAAUGUCAAAUGUACUAUGUCUAUCUAUCUAACUAAUGUUAAUUGUCUUUCUCAAUCUCCCCAGACAACAUGGCAGAGGACAUCCCUGUGGAAGACUACCCUACUGAGAUUGAGGAGCAGCUCACAGGGUUUGAGUCAUCAGUCGGUGCUGUCAACAACAUGGUGCAGACCAUCCUAUCCAUGCCAAGAAAUGAGCUGGUGCAAAAAGUAUGUUUUCAGACAGACAGGGUAGAAUGACUUGGUAUUGAGUGUUAUCUGAAGUCCAGCGGUGUAUUCAGCCGUUUACUGUUUAAGAACCAAACGGAACCAAACAGAGAAAACGGAACGAAACGGGGAGAGACCUAGCUGAAUUUGUCCAAUAGAAACUCUAGUUUUCGUUGCAAAACCUUUUCCAUUUGUAGUAAACGGUUUCUGUCGCAAAACAUUUUGCAACAGACGACAAAUGUUUUGCAACAGUAUCGGCGUAAUGAAUACACCCCUGAUUAUUGGGAAUGUCACUCUGAGUCGGUCACAUAUUCAAAUGAACAGAAGCAAUAUUUAGGCCUCUGCUGUUAGACCCUCACCACUUAAGAGGUUUAAUUACACUCCUGAAAUGGGGUGCACAGAGCGCCCUGCUUAAAUCUACGGCUCCGGGUCAUAUUGUCAACAAGGCAGCGUGAUGCAUGCUUCAGAAACAGGCUACAACGUGUAUUUUCUAUGAAAUAUACAGUACCAUUCAAAAGUUUGGGCACACCUACUCAUUCAAGGGUUUUUCUUUAUUUGUACUAUUUUCUACAUUGUAGAAUAAUAGUGAAGACAUCAAAACUAUGAAAUAACACAUAUGGAAUCAUGUAGUAACCAAAAAACUGUUAAAUAGCCACCCUUUGCCUUGAUGACAGCUUUCCACACUCUUGGCAUUCUCUCAACCAGCUUCACCUGGGGUGCUUUUCCAACAGUCUUGAAGGAGUUCCCACAUAUGCUUAGCACUGCUUUUCCUUCACUCUGCCGUUCGACUCAUCCCAAACCAUCUCAAUUGGGUUGAGGUCGGGGGAUUGUGGAGGCCAGGUCAUCUGAUGCAGCACUCCAUCACUCCUUCUUGGUCAAAUAGCUCUUACACAGCCUGGAGGUGUGUUGGGUCAUUGUCCUGUUGAAAAACAAAUGAUAGUCCCACUAAGCCCAAACCAGAUGGGAUGGCGUAUCGCUGCAGAAUGCUGUGGUUAAGUGUGACUUGAAUUCUAAAUAAAUCACAGUGUCACCAGUAAAGCACCCCCACACCAUAACACCUCCUCUUCCAUGCUUUACGGAGGGAACUACACAUGCAGAGAUCAACCGUUUACCCACACCGCGUCUCACAAAGACACGGCGGUUGGAACCAAAAAUCUCCAAUUUAGACUCCAGACCAAAGGACACAUUUCCACCGGUCUAAUGUCCAUUGCUCGUGUUUCUUGGCCCAAGCAAGUCUUUUCUUCUUAUUGGUGUCCUUUAGUAGUGGUUUCUUUGCAGUAAUUCGACCAUGAAGGCCUGAUUCACACAGGCCCCUCUGAACAGUUAAUGUUGAGAUGUGACAUGAACUUUGUGAAGCAUUUAUUUGGGUAGCAAUUUCUGAGGCUGGUAACUCUAAUGAACUUAUCCUCUGCAGCAGAGGUAACUCUGGGUCUUCCAUUCCCUUGGCGGUCCUCAUGAGAGACAGUUUCAUCAUAGCGCUUGAUGGUUUUUGCGACUGCACUUGAAGAAACUUUCAAAGUUCUUGAAAUGUUCCGUAUUGACUGACCUUCAUGCUUUAAAGUAAUGAUGGACUGUCGUUUCUCUUUGCUUAUUUGAGCUGUUCUUUCCAUAAUAUGGACUUACCAAAUAGGGCUAUCUUCUGUAUACCCCCCUACCUUGUCACAACACAACUGAUUGGCUCAAACUCAUUAAUGAAAUAUUCCAUACGCACAAAAAGCUUAUUUAGCUCCAAUAUUGUGCACAAAUGUGUUUACAUCCCUGUUAGUGAGCAUUUAUCCUUUGCCAAGAUAAUCCAUCCACCUGACAGGUGUGGCAUAUCAAGAAGCUGAUUAAACAGCAUGAUCAUUACACAGGUGCACCUUGUGUUAGGGGACAAUAAAAGGCCACUCUAAAAUGUGCAGUUUUGUCACACAACACAAUGCCACAGAUGUCUCAAGUUUUCAGGGAGCGUGCAAUUGGCAUGCAGGAAUGUCCACCAGAGCUUUUGCCAGAGAAUUGAAUGUUCAUUUCUCUACCUUAAGCUGCCUCCAACGUUGUUUUAGAGAAUUUGGCAGUAUGUCCAACUGGCCUCUCAACCACAGGCCACGUGUAACCACGCCAGCCCAGGACCUCCACAUCCGGCUUCUUCACCUGUGGAAUCCUCUGAGACCAGCCACCCAGACAGUUGAUGAAACUGAGGAGUAUUUCUGUCUGUAAUAAAGCCCUUUUGUGGGGAAAAACACAUUCUGAUUGGCUGGUCCUGGCUCCCCAGUGGGUGCCCCUGCCCAGUCAUGUGAAAUCCAUAGAUUAGGGUCUAAUGAAUUUAUUUAAAUUGUCUGAUUUCCUUAUUUGAACUGUAACCCAGUAAAAUCGUUGAAAUUGUUGCAUGUUGCGUUUAUAUUUUUGUUCAGUAUAGUUUUCCAUCAAACACUUGUUCAUGUGAAAACAUGUAAUACUAAGUCAUUACUGCUUGACAAUAGGCUAGUUUUGAGCUGAUUUCACCACCGGCUUGAGCGGUGCUCCCAGCUCACACCCGGGGGGCAGCCUGGUUACAAAACGAAUGCAAAUCACGUUUAACCUGGUGCAAACUCUGCCUACCUGUCGAACUGGGCCAAGCUAAAACUAACCCUCUCAAUGUGUCUUUUGCUUACUUAAUAGCUGGAUCCUCUGGAACAAGCCAAGCUGGACCUGAUGUCUGCAUAUAGCCUCAACUCUCUUUUCUGGAGUAAGUGUGCUUUAUUUUCCUGCACGCAAAUCCAGGUUAAUAUUGUAAAAUUAUAUUCAGUCAGCACAUUGUUUUGUGUGUGAAGAUGAUGAAACGACUGUCACCACAACGCACUCAUUCUCGUUUUGUUGUUUACAGUGUACUUGGUCACACAAGGAAUAAACCCCAAAGAACAUGCAAUCAAACAAGAGUUGGUAAGAUAUUCCAUUUUUUUUAACCCCGAAGACAAUUCUACUCGUCCCACUGUAUUUUGUUCAGUCAAUUGGCAACUUCCAUAACCUGCAUACAACUGAGUGUACAAAACAUUAGGAACACCUGCUCUUUCCAUGACAGAGCAUGUUUCCAUGCACACUAAUAAUUCAAUAUUAAACUGAUUAUGGCAGAAGGCCGAGUAUGGCAUUAGUCAUGUAAACACCUUACUCUGUUGAUCUGUCAUGGACACAGCAGGUGUUCCUAAUAUUUUGUACACUGUGCAUGUCAGGUCAUAAUCGAUGAAGCAUACACCGAUUUAAAAAAAACUGUGUGGAAGUUUCCGGCAUUUAUCAAAAGUCCCAUCCGUAGCCUGAUUUCAGAUGUGUCCAUGUAAACAGGAUUAUUAAGGAAAUCGUUCUUCUUGCAAAGCAUGUAAACAUUUUAAACCAACUAUUAUAUUAACCUGACUAUCCACAAUAAUCACAUUGUUUACAUGUAACCGUGGUCACAGACUGACCAGGUGAAUCCAGGUGAAAGCUAUGAUCCCUUAUUGAUGUCACUUGUUAAAUCCACUUAAAUCAGUGUAGAUGAAGGGGAGGAGACGGGUUAAAUAAUGAUUUCUAAGCCUUGAGACAAUUGAGACAUGGAUUGUGUAUGUGUGCCUUUCAGAGGGUGAAUGGGAAAGACAAAAGAUUAAAGUGCCUUUGAACGGGGUAUGGUAGUAGGUGCCAGGCGCACCGGUUUGAGUGUGUCAAGAACUGCAACGCUGCUGGGUUUUUUCACACUCAACAGUUUCCCGUGUGUAUCAAGAAUGGUCCACCACCCAAAGGACAUCUAGCCAACUUGACACAACUGUGGGAAGCAUUGGAGUAAACAUGGGCCAGCUUCCCUGUGGAACGCUUUCGACACCUUGUAGAGUCCAUGCCCCCGACGAAUUGAGGCUGUUCUGAGGGGUGCAACUCAAUAUUAGGAAGGUGUUGCUAAUGUUUUGUACUCUGUCUGCUGUAGCCUACUGUAGAUAAGUAUCUGCUAAGUGACAUAAUAUAUAUUUUUAUCGUAACGUUAUUUCUAAGUGCUUUAUUUUCUUGUCACCUGACUAGGAGAGGAUCAGGACGUACAUGAACCGUGUGAAGGAGAUCACUGACAGGAGGAAAGCGGCCCGUCUGGACAAAGCAGCGGCAUCUCGCUUCCUCAGGAACGCCCUCUGGGAACCUGAGGAAGGGGGGUCAAAGGACACGCCGGGUCGUGCCCCCCAACACACACCAGGUCGCGGUCGCAUCACACCGGGUCGCGGUCACAGCACCCCGGGUCGCGGUCACAACACACCGGGUCGCGGUCACAACACACCGGGUCGCGGUCACAACACACCGGGUCGCGGUCACAACACACCAGGUCGCGGUCACAACACACCGGGUCGCGGUCACAACACACCGGGUCGCGGUCACAACACACCAGGUCGCGGUCACAACACACCGGGUCGCGGCCACCACAAAAGAUUUGAUGACCAUCAGUCAAAAUAACCCAAACUCAGCUGAGAGGAGGUGCUUCCUCACUGGCCUCUACCACGUUUCCUUGGCCCCCUUUCUAUGUGCACCUGUCUGAAAGAACUGGAUAGGUGAAAGCAGAGCCUUAUCACGUGUAACCAUGGUGUAACCAUGGUGUUACCAUGGUGUUACCAUGGACAAGCGACUAAUGAGUCACUGUUAUUUUUACACAUGUUUUGUGCACAAGUAGAAGUUUUAUCAAAUUGUUUUAGUUUAUUUCUCUCUUCAAACGUUCAAAGAAGUCGUCAUCAUAACAUCAGACAGAAAAUGUCCUACCAGUGCUACCCUUAUUGUCUUUGAACUAGAUUGAUACUUUUUAUAUGCAUUUGUUUUAUUUAGUCAUCAACUUUGUUUACGUUGCCUACUGUAAUUACAAAA